GUUCACAUUCCCGCCAUCAUCGCGCGUUGCUGCGAAGCGUCGCGUUCACUGUCAACAAGAGACGCACCGCGGAGCAGGUGAAUGCCGGCAAAACUAACUUUCUACUCCCGGAGGACCACCCGCGACCACCGCACCACGUCCCGGACGUCCGCAGGCGCGUCCCCCGCCGUCUUCAGGAACCGUCGGACCGCGCCCCGCCGCGUCCUUCACCGGGCUAAGUAGCCAUGGCGACCCCGGUCAAACUGUCCAGCGGCAGCACCGUUAAGAUCCGCUUCAGCAGCCUGGACCUGGGCACCACCAAGUGGAGAGAGGGGACGUUUGAGAUCCUGGAGAAGGACAACAAGGUGAACCUCAGCCUGAGAUUCAGCAGCGGCGGAGCGCCCAAAACCUUCCAGCUGAAUCAGAACGUGAAAAGCGUCUCCCAGAACCUGAACCGGAUCAUGCUGAACCUGAAGGACAGCAGCGUCAUCACCUUUGACAAAAUGCCCCCACCGCUGGUUCAGAGGACCAAGGAGUACCUGGAGAAGCUGAAGCAGGGGAAAACAGUCCUGAAGUCGUCCCACGGCAGCGCCAACUUCGGCGUGCUGGGUAACCGCCCGUCAGGGGAGAGACAGAGCACGCCGAGGCGGCAGAGCGCCGACGCCCGCGACGACUCCACCCCCAGGAAGCCCCUGAGCAGCCCGAGCCGGGCGGCCGCCACGCCCGUCCGCAGCGGACUCUCCGAGAACAGGGGGGAGAAGAGGAAGAGGCUGCUGACCUCUGAGGGCGACCUGACCGAGGACUACCCCAAAGAGAACGACUCGUCCAGCAACAACAAGGCCACUUCAGGAACACCCAGGAAGGUUCUGCUGGGCUGCAAAGACAAGCUGAAGCAGGCCGAGGAGAACCGGGGCUCAGCUCCGCUGAGCUCCGCUCCUCUUCAGCCGACGUCGUUCUACGGCGGCCGAUCCGUCACUAAAGACUACAGCCAGAGCCACUCUUUCCUGGACAGAGCGCCCAGCGCGGCGCAGACCACCACCGCCAAGAGGAGCCUGCUGCUCCCCAACCACUCCACCCCCUUCAAGAAGGUCCGACCGUCUGUGGAUUACGGCGGCUGGAACAAGCAGAGACCCUCCAGCCUGGCGCAGCCGCAGCCCCCCCUGCAGGGGUUUUCCAAUCUGGGCAACACCUGCUACAUGAACGCCAUCCUUCAGUCGCUCUUCAGCCUCCCCUCCUUCUCCAGCGACAUGCUGAAGCAGAACAUCCCCUGGAAGAAGGUUCCCACCAACGCCUUGCUCAGGCGCUUCGCUCACCUCAUGGUGAAGAAGGACGUGGCGUGUCCAGAGACCAAGAAGGACCUGCUGAGGAAGGUGAAGAACGCCAUCUCCUCCACGGCCGAGCGCUUCUCUGGAAACGUGCAGAACGACGCUCACGAGUUCCUGAGUCAGUGUCUGGAUCAGCUGAAGGACGACGUGGAGAAGAUGAACAAAAGCCUGAGCAGCGACGCCGCCGCCGCCGUCUCCUCGUCCUCCGCCGCGUCCGAAAACGGCGCCGAGGCUCCGGCGAAAGCGGAACCGGGCGACGAGGCCGACACGUCCCGCAUCUACACCUGCCCUGUAGCCGUCAACAUGGAGUUCGAGGUGCAGCACACCAUCACCUGCAAGUGCUGCGGCGAGGUGGUGAACAAACGGGAGCAGUUCAACGACCUGUCCAUCGACCUGCCGCGCAGGAAGAAAACCCUCCCUCUGCGCUCCAUCCAGGACUCCCUGGACCUCUUCUUCAGGAUGGAGGAGAUCGAGUAUUCCUGCGAGACGUGCAGCAGGAAGUCGGCCACCGUGACCCACAAGUUCAGCAAGCUGCCCAGAGUCCUCAUCCUCCACCUGAAGAGGUACAGCUUCAACGCCACGCUGUCCCUCAACAGCAAGCUGGGCCAGCAGGUUCUGAUCCCGCGCUACCUGACGCUGCUGCCCCACUGCACCGACUCCACCAGGCCCCCCGUCGGCCUCGGCUGGACCUCCCAGGCCUCCGCGUCCAGAACGCUGAAGACGUCCCAGUCGGUCAACGCCUCCACGGCUCCUCUGAGAAGGAGUGGAGGAAAGUCCAGCAGCUCCAGCUGCAGCUUGGUUCUGCUGGACUCUGACUGCGAGGACGAGCCCAGCAGGAAGACGAGCGGCGGCCAUAAGCGGCGCCUCAGCAGCGGCCCGCCUGAAGACGACGACCGCCCAGAGGAGAAGGCGGCGCCGAUGGAUUCUGCAGAAUUCAGCAACAUCAACGACGACGAGAUGUUGGCCGCGGUUCUGGAGAUGAGCCGACAGGAAGCCGGGCUCCCCGCCGCGGCGCCGGGGGACGAGCCGACCAGCAGCCCCGACACCGGGUACGGAGACUCGGACGUUCACGAGCUGUCCUACCACACGGAGCUGCUGGAACCGGACCAGAAACAGCCCGCAGACGUGCUGGGCUCUCUGGACCUGACCAUGGACGAGAACAAGGAGAACCAGACUCCUGAGGGGCCGCAGCAGCAGGGCGAGCUGGACUGGGUCCAGCAGUACAACCUGGACCAGGAGAGGGAGGAGCAGGAGCUGCAGCAGGCCCUGGUCCAGAGCCUCCAGGAACACGAAGCCCAGGAGAUGAGAGAAGACGACGACCUGAAACGAGCCACCGAGCUCAGCCUGCAGGAGUUCAACAACUCUCUGCCGGAGCUGCUGUGCUCCGACGACGACUCGGGGAACGAGGACAUCCUGGACAUGGAGUACACGGAGGCCGAGGCCGAGACCCUGAAGAGGAACGCUGAGGCUGGAGACCUGGCCAACUCCUACAGGCUCAUCAGCGUGGUCAGCCACAUCGGCAGCAGCUCUUCCUCUGGUCACUACAUCAGCGACGUCUUCGACAUGAAGAAGCAGUCGUGGCUGACCUACAACGACCUGGAGGUGUCGCGCACGCAGGAAGCCGCCGUCCAGCGCGACCGCGACCGCAGCGGCUACAUCUUCUUCUACAUGCACAGGGACGUCUUCGAGCAGCUGUCUGAGAUGGAGCGGUCCGGGUCCGGCGGCGCCUCUGAAGCAGGAAGGAACGUCCUGCAGCCUCUCUGAGAUCCAAACCCCGGCAGAUAGCGCCGCCGUCCUCUCCGUACCGCUAACCGGGCCCGUCUGUCCCUGUAACCGCUGGCGCCGAGCUGUUUGGACUCAAAACGUUCAGCGGAUCAAACUUUGCCUCCGUGUUUUCGAGGCCGGUUUUUCUUCUUCUUCUUCUAUGAUUUGUUUUGUUUUUUUUGUUGUGACUCGUUGAAGCAGACGCUGCCGGUGCUGCACAGCUUGUAUGUUUGCAGAUCCUUUAGUUCGCCCUCAAGUCAAUAAAGAUAAAGUCUACGUUGGAACCAACGCUGCGGCGCAGCUCCGGGGUCGUUUGGUGCAAUAUGGCGGUUCUGACGGAGCGGCCCGUUCGGGUCAGCCUUUCCUUUUAAGGGGAGGUUUUCCUGGUUGCUUUCUGUGCUGCUUCGUGUGUUCGCUCGGUUCCGUCUUUAUCGCUGAUGUCCGUUCGUAGCUGAACCUCUGAGUUGGACUCGGGUUUUAAACUUGUGCCUCCUGAAAAAAAAAACGAUGAACUCCAAGGUCCGUUUGUAUAAAGCCGACAGAUUUUUUUUUUUUUUUUUUUUUUAUGGCGUCUGCUGCCCAGAACCAUCGAAGUCUCCUCAGUAUUUAUCGACACCGUCAGACGCCUUGUUCUGCUUUCAGUCUGUAAAAUUCACCCUGAGGAGAUGAUUUCCUUUAGUGUUGAUCUCACUUUGGGCAGAGAUGAUGCCACCUGGCCGGAGAGCAGCAGAUUUAACCCCCCCCCCCUCUCCUUCAUGUCUGAGUGAACCCCUGUAGUGUCCUGAGUGCUGUGCAGAGGCUAAAAUGUAUUUAUGCAGAGAGAGUGGGACGCGUUUUCUACCCUUCAUACACGACUGAUUCUUCCUAAAAGCAGAUUUUAAUAAAAUUAUAGUCAAAGUA